AUGGCCAGUCCUUCAAACCCUUUCCUGUUUGUGAAUGAGACAAAUAAAUCGCCUACUUACAAGGUCGGCUAUCGAGCUGAUGUUCGCUCACACAUUCGGAAACAUGUCGCGCGGGGAUUGAAUAAAAGGAAGUCUGUCCAUGGUGAGCAGCAGGUGGAGUUGACACCAGGGGAUGCAGGAGCCCAAAGUGUAGGGAUAUCGACGAGAUCAUAUGAGCCGCAAGGAAGUCUCAUGUUAUUUUGCAAGGUGUGUGGGAGUUACAUCGAUGCAUCGUUUGCGCAGAAUACACCGGCGAGUGAGCAGCAUAUUCAUACUCCCAAUCAGAUGUGGAGAGCCUUGCUACGACUGAGUCCUCGAGAGAUACUUGGAUCGGGGAGAUUUGAUCCUUUCUCGAGCACCGGCCAAACUCUCGACCCAGCCAGUCAUGAGAUACUGGAUCUUGCAGUCAAUUACUUAGUCCCGGGACUCAUGCCCGAUGACCACCCAAACCGCAGUCUGAGCCUCACUAGCGCCUCAUCCAGAACCUGGGUUGCUGCGGCUCUAGAACUGCCCUGUCUUUUCAACGCCAUGCUAGUCGCCUGUACCAUCGAGCGAGAUUUCCUCCGGCAUUCGCAACUACGUCUCGAAUCACCUUACGUGCUAUCAAAAAACUUCUCGUAA